UCUCUCACCUGCCGUCUUCUUUGGCCCGUCUCCAAUAACAGAAUCUAUUCUUCUUCGUUCCAGAAACAGGAUUCUUCUCUCUUUUCAUCUUCUUUGAAUUCAAUCUCCAAAACCCAUAUUAGAAACUCGAUUUCUUCACCAUUUCAGCAACUGGGUCUCUUUCAAUUCCUGCAUUUGAGCUCCAAAACAGCCUUCUUGGAGUGCUUUUAGCUGAAAUGGAGUCGGUUUCUGUGAGAGAUUGAAAGAUUUCAUAAGAUUGGUCGGGAAUGGCUAGAAAGAGAUUGAGAGAUUUGUAUUCUAAUGAGGCUGUUAAAUUCUUCAAGAAUGUGGUGGAAGAUAAACCUCUUUUGCCUUUCUUGGUUCCUUUGGUUUUAGGCGCUUGGGCCGUUGAACGAUGGCUCGUGCCGUUCUCGAACUGGGUCCCGCUUGCUGUUGUUUUGUGGGCGAUGAUUCAGCAUGGGAGGUUUCAACGUCAGCAACUUGUAGAAGACUUGAACAAGAAAUGGACACGACUCAUAUUGAACACAUUGCCCAUAACGCCAUUAGAGCCUUGUCAGUGGCUGAACAAGCUUUUGAUGGAAUUUUGGCCCAAUUUCCUUGACCCCAAACUCUCAAAAAGGUUUCAGACGAUUGUGGAGAAACGAUUAAAGCACCGGAAACCAAUGCUUAUUGAAAGAAUACAAUUGCUGGAUUUCUCACUUGGUUCGUGCCCACCCAGCCUGGGAAUGAAUGGUGCCCGCUGGUUGACUUCAGGUGACCAGCGAGUCUUGCGUAUGGGAUUUGAGUGGGACACGGACGACAUGAGUAUCAUGCUGCAUGCGAAGUUGGCAAAGCCUCUACUCGGGACUGCCCGGAUUGUCAUCAACAGCAUCCACAUCAAGGGAGAUCUUCUUUUCAUGCCGAUUAUUGAUGGACAAGCGAUUCUAUAUUCAUUUGUAUCAACUCCCGAAGUUAGAAUAGGUGUGGUCUUUGGAAGUGGUGGGAGCCAAACGCUUCCUGCAACAGAAUUGCCUGGUGUUUCAUCUUGGCUGGACAAGCUUUUCACCGAUACCUUAGUUAAGACAAUGGUUGAGCCCCGCCGCAGAUGUUAUCCAUUGCCACCAGUCGAUCUAAGGAAAAAAGCUGUUGGAGGUGUACUAUCCGUCACAGUUGUUUCAGCGAGUAAAGUGGUUAGGAAUUCCAAAGGGAGCAGUUCGGAAAGAAGACAGAAUUCUACAGGAAGCAGCCCAGAAGGAAGUUCUGGCGGUAGAGUUUUGCAAACAUUAGUUGAAGUAGAACUUGGAGAACUGACAAGGAGAACGGAUGUGCGUCAGGGUUCGAGCCCCAGAUGGGAUGCUACAUUUAAUAUGGUUUUGCAUGAAAAUAUGGGAACUCUCAAGUUCUAUCUUUAUGAGUGGGCCGCGAGCAAUGUGAAGUACGAUCUCCUAACCAGCUGCGAAGUAAAGAUGACAUACGUAGCAGACGAUUCUACAAUAUUCUGGGCAAUUGGACCUGGGUCUAGUGCAUUGGCCAAACAAGUCGAGCAUUGUGGGAAGGAAGUCGAACUGGUUCUUCCAUUUGAGGGAAUUAAUUCAGGAGAGUUAACUGUCAGACUUGUGUUGAGAGAAUGGCAAUUUUCUGAUGGAUCAAAUAGCUUUAACAACUCUGCGCAUCUUAGCCCUCAACAAUCUGUAUAUGGUUCACCAAGCUUUCAGUCAAGAACAGGCCGGAAACUCAAGAUAACUGUACUGGAAGGAAGGGAUUUACUGGCGAAAGAUAGAUCUGGGAAGAACGAUCCUUACGUAAAACUACAGUAUGGGAAGUCUCUUCACAGAACAAGGACAAUCUCUCAUGCUUUGAAUCUAGUGUGGAAUGAGAAGUUUGAAUUUGAUGAGAUAGGAGGUGGCGAGUACCUUAAGAUCAAGUGCUAUAGUGUGGACUAUUUUGGAGAUGACAACAUCGGAUGUGCACGAGUAAAUUUGGAAGGACUGGUGGAAGCUUCACCACGUGAUGUUUGGGUCCCCCUUGAACGAGUGAAUUCGGGAGAGCUGAGGCUUCUAAUAGAAGUUGUGAAAAGUGAUGAUGGUGAAGGAACAAAGAAUGGGAUGAUGGUAUCAGGGAAUGGUUGGAUCGAACUAGUUCUAAUCGAAGCAAAGGACCUUGUUGCUGCUGAUUUGAGGGGAACAAGUGAUCCUUACGUGAGGGUACAAUAUGGAAACAUCAAGAAAAGAACUAAGGUUGUGCAUAAAACAUUGAAUCCCCAGUGGAAUCAAACUUUAGAAUUUCCCGACAACGGCAGUCCGUUAAUGUUGCACGUGAAGGAUCACAAUGCUGUGCUCCCUACAUCGAGUAUAGGUGAUUGCGUGGUAGAAUACGAUAGACUGCCUCCGAACCAGAUGGCCGACAAGUGGAUACCACUACAAGGAGUGAAGAAUGGUGAGAUCCACAUACAGAUAACAAGAAAAGCUCCCAAACUAGAGAAGAAAUCCAGUGUCGAUUCUGGCAUUUCUGCUUUCAGUAAAGCUCAUCAAAUUUCCAGCCAGUUCAAAGAAAUCAUAAUGAAGUUUCGUGGUUUAGUUGAAGAAGGCGACCUUGAAGGGCUGUCACUGGCCUUGAGUGAGAUUGAAGGUGUAGAAUACAUGCAUGGGGGUUACAUGGUGCAGCUAGAAAGGGAGAAGUCACUGCUCAUCGAGAAGAUUAAUGAGCUUGAUCACGAAAUCAAUGUGUCAACGGCAUCACCAUGAAAGAGAAUAGAAAGUUCUGGAGUACUUUCUUGUAUUUGUAUUCUUACCAAUUUCAGUUAUAAUUGAAUUAGGGUGUUGUAAUAUAGAUUGGCUGAUUGGAAGCCUUGUGAUGAGUAAAAAAGGAAAAUGAAUACAUGAUAGAAACUAUCAAGAGGUUAUAAAUGGGAAUGAGAUCUUUCCACUUAAAAUGUCUUUGUUCUUUGCUCCUGCUCUAUCAAGUGUACAAAUGGGAAACCAUAAAAUGUUAGAAUUCAUAUAUUCUUUUGAUAAAAAGAGAGUUUUGGCCCUCA